AUGUUCAGCAAAGACUAUUCGUAUGCAUUGUUUAGCUAUAACGCGAACUUGAUCAAUGUCUUCUUCAAAGAUUGGGACGAUCACAUCGAUGAAGAUCACCUAAAGAAGCGGCUGAAGCACCUUGGGACCUUCGAUGCAAGCAAACCUGAUGCCAAAGUAGUAAGCAAGUGGAAUAACCUUUCCAGGGCCAUGGGAACCCACGUUGUUACAGGUUGUGCGUCGCCAACUAAUCUAAGAGCACUUCUGCAGAUGGUGUGGGCUUCCAACGAAAGUUCGUCAGCAAAAGAGAAGUUCAGUGCAAAUGUCAGCGCCGGGCAUAACGGCUUGACUACGGGUGAAGUUUCAUGGGGAAAGGAGCAUUCUUUUAAUUGUCAGCGGACAAUCAUUGCCGACUUUGUUAUUGACAACGAUGGAUUUCCUGUCGACAUCGUGCUGUCACACGGUAGCAACGGCGACACACAGGAUAAUGGUAGAUGCACGGUCAGGAUUAAAAGAAAGGACUACGUGAAUCAGGAGAUUAGCGGCAAUAACUGGAAUUCGCUAUGGUUUUAUGGAUGUGUAGUUCAGCAGUAUGAGGCUUAG